GGGAAGGGAGGGGAGGGGGCCGGGCAGAGCCUGCAGCGCAGGGCGAUCCUCUCCGGAGACAGCGCAAAGCCCGCACGCACCGCCACCACCCGGCGCCCCUCGCCAAGCGCAAAGGCGCUCGGAGCCCAGCCGGCCCAAAGAAGCGCAUGGCCACGCCGGGAGCCGCGGCGGCCGGAGGAUCGCGGGCAGCCCUGGAAGACCCCGGCCCGCCGCCCCAGCCGCCUCCCGGCGGACCCCAACCCGCGGGGAACCCCCAGGGCCCGGGAGAGCCGCUGCCCACGGCCCCCGCGCCGCUCCCCGCGCCCCAACCUUGCGCGGCGCCCGAGCCUAAAUUCCUGCCGCCCCAAGCGCAGCCCGCGCCCCCCGCCGCCCCGCCCGGCCCGGGCCUGGAGGACUAUUCGUUCCUGCCCCUGGUGCGCGACAUUAUCAAAUGCAUGAAUAAAGACAGCCAGGAGGUCCACCAGUUGCUGAACGAGCUGAGGACUAAAUUUGUGGAGACCCACAAGCUGAUCAAGAGCAUGCAAGGAAUCGGCCUGAGCCCGGAACAGCAACAACAGCAGCUGCAGAAUCUCCGAGAACAAGUGAAAACCAAGAACAAACUUCUGCAGAAAUAUAAAACUCUGUGCAUGUUUGAAAUCCCCAAGGAGUAAAAGGGAUAUCGCUUGCUCUGCAAACAGGACACUUCCUCUGAAGCAGCAUUUUGCCAGAUGUGGGCGCUUUAAGAGGCAUGGACUUCAACUCCCAGAAUUCUGACCGGGGCUGGGGAAUUCUGGGAGUUGAAGUCCUCACCACUUAAAGGGACCUUGUUUGAAAUAGAAGGGACAACACAGGCUCGAAACCGAACAUUGUGGACAUUCUGGUGUGCAAUUUGUGAGCACAAAAGGAUGUGAUUGUGCAAAACUCACUUUUAUCUGGUGGGAGGGGGUGAUGGCCGGUUUCUCUGCAACUGGAUGCUAAAGCUAUGCGAGAGCGUACCACUUCAUCAGAAAGCGGGUUGCACCUUGCCUAUUCCCUGAAUUAAAAGCAAGAAAAAUGAAAAUCCCAAAACCGGGGAUGAAUUUUCAGGUUUAGCUUUCUACUUGCUAAUAAGUUGAUUUAUUGUGCUUUUAUGUCCUUGUCUUCCUGGUUACGCUUUUCACCCCUUCAGCCCCCUGUUCGACACCUCCCCCCCUCUGUGGGAUGAAGUGGUAUGCUCCAGGUGGAACUGUGCCACCUGGUCUUCGUGUAUUCAGAAUUUUUAAAGGGGAAGGGACCACUUUACUGAGUGGGAGGGACAGUCUUUGAAUCCCGUUUUUUAGCCCCUACCCAGGAAAUAUUUUUUCUUACGCAGCAAAGCAGCGAGGGAGAAAAUGGAAGUAAUGUUUAAAAUCUUCAUCAAAUUUUUUUAAAAAACCGCAUGACUUAUGUCUGAAUUUUAUUAAACUUAUAUGACUUUGA